UUGCUGAUGAGUUGUUUCAGCUAGAGGCAGACUGCACUUUGUGCUUGUUUCUCUGGGUCUCCCUUCUCUUGUGACAUUCUGCUUCCUGGGGAGUCAGCCCCUGAACUCUGAACUCGCUCUUGUCGCGAGUGUUCAGUGCCUGGGCACACAAACUGCACCGCCGUUGGCUGAGGUCCCUGUCCAGCUCUGUGGUCUGCGGCGUCUCUCUGACAAGGCUCGCUCUGUGCUGCACGGCUCCUUUCCUUAGUUCCGUCUCUGGCUUCUACCACAGAACCGCAGAUCUCCCCAGCUGCGAAUCAGACAGGGGCAGAAAUGCAGAGCCCGGGAGCCCAAGACAAUGUCUCCGUUUCCCAGGGUGUUCGCAUGAUGUUUUAUCUGAUGAAGCCCAGUGAAACUGCCUUCCCAACUGUUGAAGAGGUGCCCGAUUACGUUAAAAAGGCCACUCCGUUUUUCAUCUCCCUGAUUCUGCUGGAACUGGCCACCAGCUGGAUUCUCAAGGGGAAGCCACCAGGUCGUCUCGAUGACAUUCUGACAUCCAUGUCAGCUGGUGUUGUGUCUCGACUUCCAAGUCUGUUCUUCAGGAGCCUUGAAGUGACCAGCUAUAUUUAUAUAUGGGAGAACUACAGACUUGUUGAUUUGCCUUGGGAUUCUCCAUGGACAUGGUAUUUGACCUUCUUAGGAGUUGACUUUGGCUACUACUGGUUCCACCGCAUGGCCCAUGAGAUUAACAUUAUUUGGGCUGCACACCAAGCGCACCACAGUUCUGAAGACUAUAACUUAAGCACAGCACUGAGACAAUCUGUCUUGCAGCAAUACAGUUCCUGGAUUUUCUACUCUCCCUUGGCUCUCUUCAUCCCACCUCCAGUGUUCGCUGUUCAUAUUCAAUUCAAUCUCCUGUACCAAUUUUGGAUUCAUACAGAGGUCGUCAGAAGCCUCGGCCCCUUGGAACUGAUUCUUAACACUCCUAGCCAUCACCGGGUUCACCAUGGCAGAAAUCGUUACUGUAUUGAUAAAAACUAUGCUGGCACCCUUAUUAUCUGGGACAGAAUGUUUGGGACCUUUGAAGCAGAGAAUGAACCGGUUGUAUACGGUCUAACGCACCCCAUUGAUACAUUUGAGCCAUUCAAAGUUCAGUUUCACCAUUUACUCUAUAUAUGGAAUACAUUUUGGGCUACACCUGGAUUCUUCCAUAAGUUUUCUGUCCUAUUUAAAGGACCAGGAUGGAGUCCAGGUAAACCAAGACUUGGCCUAAGUGAAGAAAUUCCAGAGGUCACAGGACAGGAGGUCCCCUUGUCAUCAGCAGCAUCCCAGCUAUUAAAGAUGUACACUGUCCUGCAGUUUGCAGUGAUGCUGGCAUUUUAUGAAGAGACCUUUGCAAACGCAGAGGUUCUGUCUCAAGUCACUCUGCUCCUGAGGGUCUGCUCCAUUAUCCUGACCUUGACAUCCAUUGGUCUCCUUCUGGAUCAAAGUCCCCAGGCAGCCGUCGUGGAAACUCUCCGUUGCCUGAUGUUCCUAACCCUGCACAGACUGGGUCAUUUGAAGCCUCUGGUCCCAUCUUUAUCAUCUGUAUUCGAGAUUUUCUUUUCUGUUUGCACUGCUUUCUGGGGAGUAAGAAGCGUGAAGCGACUCACCGCUGGCUCUUGGAAAUAGCCCAGCUACAGACAGCUCUCUUGGUCCUGUCAGUCAUCCAUGGCAGGUCACUGCUACAGAAAGAGCGUUGUCUUACAUACUGCCUAUAGGAGCUACUUAGUUAAUGAAAAAUGAAAGUACCUGUUUACCUAUGCUUUUCAUGCUUGCUUUUCUGUUAAAAUUAAAGUGAAGUAUACUAUUUGCUCUCACUAAACGCCAGAUUAUUUUAUAUAUAUUGAGGCUGUAUUCAAAUGCCUAUGGAAAGGAAAGGGUGGGCUUAAAAUAUUUAACGAAAUGAAAAUUACAUUUGUCUUGCUUGGUUUGACAACUUUUCCUUUAACAUUUGCUAAAACUAUACUUAAAUACAUCUCUGUGGUCUUUAAAAUGUGUUGGAGUCUACGUGAGCUGGCAUUUGCCUUUGCAAAUAAAUCAUCUGUAUUGCCACAUUACAUAAAAAUACAUCAAUGUGGUAAAAAUGAUUAGAAUUGGAAAAAGUUAAUUGUUCAACAUGUUAGUUUAUAAAACAUACUUCUAGAAUGGUGGGUUGACUUGUUUCAACAGCUUGAGGAGUACACUGUAAUUCAUGCUGUUUCAAAUAGUCAUAAUAAUGUUAAUAAAAUCAUCUGAACAGAAGUGACAAAAA